CCGGUUAUUGAGAUUUCUGUUCUAAGUAUAUAUUAAACGAAAGCAAAGGUUUUGAAAACAUUGCUUUAUUGUGCUGGACUAAAUAAAUAAUUUAAUCUCUCAUCUUGCAUAUGUUUGAGCUCCGUUUAGUAGUGCUGAAACAAUCAGUCAGUAAAUCCUUUUCUUUCACGUGUAUAUAACAAACAAACAAGCAAAAAUGAUUUGCAUUUUUUUUUUUAUAAAAAGAGACAUUCAAAUUGUUUUUGUUAAUUAUUAUAUUCCUUGCAUGCUUGUGCGUGCGUGCAAGUAAGUAGAUCAAUAAAUAUUUUUUCAGUUUUGUAGUUUUAGCGUUUCUGCUCCGUAGAUAUCUUAUGAUAAAAAAGACUGUUAAAGAAGAAUGAAAUGUAUUAUGCAAAAACAGAGAGAGAGAGAGAGGAGUUUACAGUGUACCUAUCUCUGCGGAUGUCAUGCGAUCAUGCUUUUGCAAGAUUUUAGUCGAUUGACCAAAACGAUGCAUCGCUGUGCAUCAUGAUUGUUUUUAACCUUGAACUUCCUCCAUCGCACCGUUCCAACGUGAAUAUAUGAAAUCACACGCGCACACCUCAGAGAGGAGACGGAUCAGAGCUGGUUUUAGGGAGGGGAUUACAUCUCCAGACUUACUGGUGCCAGGAGUUAAUGGGUUCACUCAAGGCCGAUUGAGACGUCUUCAUUACCACACUUGUGAAAACUGAAGGGGUGGAGAUCAGGACGUCUCCUUUGAUCCGGGGCGAAGUGAAUUGUAAAUGAGCUGGGAUUAGCCCUAUAAAUACUUGAGCCCCGUGCUGGAGGUGUUGAUCGGUGAACCCAAAGCCGCGCUUAUCAGAACACAAGCACACAUCUGACUCUCUCAGACACGGGACUAGAGGAGCUGGACGUACUGGAUAUCCGUCUUUCUUCGGCUGGAUUUGGACGCAGAAGAUGAAGGGGCAUUUUUCCAUUGAGUGGCUUUCCCAAAGCAGCCAGGCCUCGGCGUCCAGCUCUUGGGUCUCCCCCGGCCAGGACGUCCCGAGCGCCUCCGGCACCGCCUCGGAGAGCCUUCCCGGCUUCUACAGCAGAUGGAGACCGGAAAACGUGGAGGAUCGGGAGAAACGUAUGGAGCCAGCACAGCCGGGGAACAGUUUAUUAUGUACGUCUGCACAAGAUACAGAGUCCAGUGACAGUAGUAUCAUCCAGCAACACAUUCACGCAUCGGAGCCGGGCUUCAGCAGCGGCGCGGAGGAGGAGGAGACGUCGGGUUACGAGAGCGAGGGCGGCCGCUCCCUCUCACCCGGGGCCCCUAAAGAACCGGCGCAGUCGGUGUCUCCCUCUACCGGCCGCAGGCCCCGGACCGCGUUCACCGCCGAGCAGAUCAACAGUCUGGAGAGGGCCUUCAAGAGGAACGCUUAUCUCGGAGCCCAGGACAAAGCCGAGCUCUGCAAAAGACUGAAUCUCUCCGAUAAACAGAUCAGAAACUGGUUCCAGAACCGACGCAUGAAGCUGAAGCGGACCGUUCAGGACAGCCUGGCUCACGCCUGCCAGGCCAAAGUGGCCUCACAUAUGAUGCAUUACUCCGAUCUGCACAGUUUCCGUGCCGCUCCGUAUCCCAGCUACUAUCCGGCAGUCCAGGAGACGCCAGCACCUUACGGCCCGGGAUUUCACUACGGCCCCGCUCCAGCCGGAGGCCUGCCGACCCUGCCUGUGGAGGCCCUGUAUCCGUACGGCACCCUACAGAGCCUUCCUGUCCAUCCCAGCAACCCUCCCGUGAUGAGCCCAUACCAGCCCUAUCAUUCACAGUACUACAGCACACAGUGAGAGGAGAGACCGUUUCUGCCCGUUACGCCUUGUGCUUUGUUUACAUUUUUGCAUUUGUGAAUACAGGGUGAAGUGCAAUAACAAAUGUGACCUUUUUUUUUUUUAAUCGUUUUGAUGAAUUAUUAUUUAAAUAUGUUUGUAAAUCUUGAGAAAGUUCUAUUUCGUUCAUGUCUAUGUGUACAAGAGGAGUGUAUAAAUAAAUCGUUUUCUAUUUCA